UAUUGUGAAAAUGGCGACGACCGGAAUUGGUUUUCGGUGGUUGGAUAUAUUAGAAAAGGAAUUCGAUAAAGCAUGUGUCGAAUUGGACACGUCUCUUUCGGAACUGGAAACAGAGGAGCCGGAGGUGGUGUUCUCGGCGCGCCAGAAGAUCGCCGCCCUAAGCUCGUGCUUCGCGCAGCUCACACACAAGGCCCUCACCAUAUUCCAGAACAGUGCUAAACUUGAGGCCGAACUGGUUGAUAUGAGGGCGGAGCUGGUGCAGGCGAGGGCUUCUGAAGCUGCCGCUUGCGAAGACGGUGAAGAUUCACUAGUGUCUAUGAAGGAAGUGAGUCUCGCUCGGGCCGAAGCCGGCCAACUGGCUCGGGAGAACGCGGCGCUGCGCGAGACUGUGCUGGCGCUGCACUCUGAACUGUUUGGGGCGAGACUGGCGACGAAGUAUUUGGACAAGGAGCUGGCGGGGCGAAUCCAACAGUUGCAGCUACUCGGCAGGGACAUGCGCGCUGAGCUCCGAGACUCCUUGUGGGCACAGGUGGAGGCGGAGAUCCUGCUGCAGCGCCACAAGACGCUGGUGCGGGUGUGCCGCGGGCUGUCACCGCGGCCCGCGGCUGCGCCCCCCGGCCCCUCCCCCUCCGCCGCCGCCGGCCCCGCGCCCGCCGCCCCCGCCGCCGCCCCGGCGUCCGCGCGCGCGCGCCCGCGCACAGUGCGCGUGCGCCGCUCGCCGCAUCUCGGGCUCGGGAUAUCCGUUACCGGCGGUCGAGAGCAUGGCGUGCCCAUACUGAUAUCGGAGCUGGAGGCGGGCGGGCCCGCGGCGCUCACCAGAGCGCUGUACGUCGGAGACGCCAUCCUGGCCAUCAAUGAUGUGGACCUCACACAGGCGUGCCACAAGGAGGCGGUGGCGGCGCUGCAGAGCGUGAAGGGCGACUGCGCGCUGUGCGUGCAGUUCAUAGCCAACGACGAAGACGACCGCCUCUCCGAGGACAACUACAGGUUCCCGCUGUACCCGCCGCAGGACGCCACGCCCACCGCGCCGCGCACGCCCGACUACACCAGAAAUGAGUCGGAUGACGGGUCGGGCAGUGAAUGUGAGUCGCCGUACAGGCGUCCCCCGUACCCCGACUACAACUCUAUCAAUAACAAUCUAGCCAUUUUGGACAUGGACGACGAUUCUAUCAAAAUUGAAGCUAGGCUGGAGAUGGUGGAGCCCCCCUCCCCCCCGCGCGGGCCCCUGACGCCGGUGCACGCGCACAGGGAGAAGAACAGGCAGAAGGACUGGCGCAGCAGAGGCGCGUACGGCCGCGUGGACAGCCACGACCACGUCAGCGACUCCACGCCCUCCGACGGACUGCCGGAGUCCCCGCUGUCCCCGGGGCCCGCGUCGCCCCCCGGGCCCCUCAUAACACCGAGGCCCACCGUCUCGAUCGGACCUACCAUACCUACGGAACCUCAACAAGAUCAAAAAACACCGUCUGGACCAACGUUAUCUAUAGCCCCAACGUUACCGGGUCGAAAAAUAACACCCGGACCUACGUUACCCCCUGUUCCAACAAUACCGGGGCCCACGCGGGGCUCUGAGGUCCCGACGGGUCCGCUACUGCCGGAGUUGGCCAUGCCCACGCCCACGCGCGAUUCCAUGCGUGGACAUCGAGAGAAACCUAAAACUAAUGGAGAAGUCAAGCCGGUGAGGAGAGAGAGUAAAGGCUUCAGGAUAGGGUCAGCCAGGCGCGUGGGCGGCGCGCUGAGCAACGGCGACUGCAGCCCCGCGCCCGCCGGCAUCGGGGACCCCGACUUCGGCACGCCCGUGUGAACAACACCUAGCUCGGGUAAAUAUACUAUUGGAAAUGGACGUUAUUGAUGGGGAAUACGAACUAAACAUGGAAGUAAAGGGUUCCAGGAAUAGAGUUAGACCUAAGGAAAGGAGUAUCAAUGGAUAUGGCAAACGACAGAACGAAAUGGAAGGAACUUACGUAUUGGUCUACAUUCAUGACCUUAUCCCACUCAUGUGGGGUCGCACGAGUGGGAUAAGGUCAAGAAGAAGUAGACGGGUCACUCGCGUGUGAUUAUCGACGGGGAGGUCGACUAUUGUUUUGGUCUAGUAGACCUUUUUCAACAGUGAAACUCUGCCAGCACUCAAUCAGAAGUGAGUGACCCGUGUUUUUCAUUAAUAACGCCUUUUGUUAACGCCACUCACCGAUUGGACGCCACAAGGGGCAUUGCACGAUUAAGGUUGUGAUAUGUCUGCCACCACUUCAGUACAGUCUGACAACAAAGUAGAGAAUUUAAUUGAGGGCACUGUCUCCAGUUGGCUGGCAACACUAUAUGUCCAUCAACCAAUCUUGACCAUUCUAGUUGGUAUUGCAAUGGCCAAAAAUGUAAUUCGAUUAAAAACAGUUUUCUAUUAUUUCAAGUCAAGAUCAAAAUUGGUUGAUAAAUCAGUGUUGCCAACCAAGAGUACACAAUAUAGUGACCUCAUUUAUUUUCUACUCUUUUGUAGUCAUACUAUACCUACUGCUUUUCAUCAGAACAAGUUGGAAACUACCUGCUCCCUCCUCAGGUAGUUCUCAGAGCGAUUCGACCGCCGGCCGCGUUGUCAUUACGAUCCGUCAAUUUUAUUAAGGAAGAAAUCAUUUCCAAAAUCAACAUCAAAUAUCAAUUACCACAGUACAGAUUGGUCGUUUUAAAGUCAGUUAGUAAAACGAAAUCUUGUUUUUGUUAAAAUUUGAAAAAUUGUAUUGAGAGCGCGGCCGCUGCGGUCAGAACGCUCUCAGAGAUAUACGUAAUGUUGUCAGCCAUAUAGAUUACAUUUUUAGCCAACAAAUAAGAAAAUAGAAAUCAUGUUCUAAUGCCCACUGAUCUCUUUAUUGUAUUAUAAAUCUAUAAUAAAAGUAAAAUUGUUUGCACCGUGACAGAAAACGGAAAGGAUCUCAUUGGCUAGGUAAAUAUUUGGUAUGAAUGUUCUUGUCACGAUGCUGCGAAUCUUGGCACUAACGUUUACUGUUAUACUGGCUCUUAUAACUCAUCUGUAUUCAAAGAAAUUCAUAGGAAAAGAUCUGAUGAUUUAUUUUGCUCUUCCAAAAAUAUUGGCUUACUGAUCCAACUUGAAAAGGAAAUUGAAAAUUUUUGUUCUUAUUUCACUAUUUUUUUUGUAAUCUAUGUACUUAGAGUAUACACGGCUCUAGCCCUGUGUUGUAAACGUUAGUACAGUUUUGGAUAUAGAUCGAUUUAUAAUCCGCUACAGCUUUCGAAAAUUUUUUUAUUGUUUGAAAAAAAAAUACAACGGUUUUAUUGACCGAAAAUACGGCACAUUGAUUUUAAAAAUUUUGUAAAACCCAUUUCUUGGUUGUCUUUAGACUAAAUUUUUAUUAUAGAGAUUGUAGCUGUAGCGGGCAAUACCUCGGUGUUGCUAGCUGGUUCACGCCUUACAUUAAAAUAGUGAUAAUUAUGAAAACUUUGAAAUCAAUAUCAUAUAUCUUAGCCUAUUUCGGCCUACAACUUAGAGAUUGUAAGAUUAUUCGAAGCUACGGUGCUCAAUUAUUUUUUAUUGUCCGCCAGUCUCUGCCGCGACCAUAAUAAUGUAUUUCAUUAUUAUCAGCCUGGAUUUUUUAAAUGUGUGUCUAAAGUUGUACUCUGUUUUGCAGUGCGCAUAGUGCUGUGUCUCUUUUUUCAAAAAAUAAUAGCCACAUUCUAAAUUAUUCAUUUCAUUAUUUGUUCAAGGCAGACAUCGUAUCAUUAACAACUUUAGGAAAAAAUUAAUAGCAUUUACUGACAAAUCAUAUUCUUUUUUUCAAAAUAGUGUAAACAUAACUCGUUUUCCCGGAAAGUAUCUACUCACUUGUCAAAUGAGUUAAUUUUACACUUUUUCUUAAAUACUGGCUUGACCAAAAGUCUAAGAUGUAUUAUUUUGUGAAUUUUACAAUUUUUUUUCACCGCUCAACGUGCAAUAAUCGAAUUGUCCAUCUUUUUCAUAAAUUGUAAUGACUAGGUAUAAUAUGUAAAUUAAUCUUAUAAAUUAUUAUAUUAAGUCUGUAUAGAGAAAUAUAGUUAGCGUAGCGACUUUGAAUAAAUGAAAUUUGUACCGAUUGUAAUGCGGAACUAAUGCUUAGCUCCGCUAAUUUAAUUUUAUAUGUAUAGAGUUAAAAUAGAUUUUAAUCAGCUUCUUAGAGCGCUAUCGUGUUGCUAUAAUUAAAUCAUAUAUUGUAUUCCUAUAGUUUUUGUCAUGGAUAUAUUUUUAUUAAUUUUACAUUCAAAAUGUAUUUUAGUGUUAUAGGUUUAGAGAUAGAUAAUAUUAUAUUUUAGUAGUUAAAAAUCAAGUCAUAUUUUCUUCUAAUCAUGUUAUUUUAAACAUUCCUUGUUCACAUUUCAAUAAAAAAGUAGAAAGUAUUUUGAUACAGAUUUAAUAAUUUUAAUCGUUGUAACGGAACGCUUUUACGCGCGCGACGCGUUCAAAUCAGCUGAUCGGCGCGCACGUGUCGGUCGCUUUUGAAAUAAUUAGCGUAGUAACUAGAUGGUUGGAGAGCUGUUGAUUGCAACUUCUAUGUAAUAAUAUAUAAGACAUAUCACAGAAUAUGCGGCAACACGUUUCUAACAACUAGCGCGAUUUGGACAUAUGCCAACAAUGUUUUCGCACAUCACCGUACUGUAUUCGAAAGUCGGGACAAAUAGAUAGGUAAACGAAAUAGCGUUUUCUUUUUCAUUAAUCUUAAAUGCUGCGAUGUUGAAACAAAGUCGAAUAGGUACACCGACUAAAACCAAUAUUAGCGUAACACGAAGCUUGUGACGUUUCGUUUUGAUUUCUAAGAAUGCAGUGCGAUGACAAAAAUAGAAAUCCUUGAACGUGAAACUAUUAUGAUCUCUUGUUUACACUGUCUUUACGGAAAUUUUAAUAUAAUUGUUUAUUUCGGCAAUAAAUAAAUACCUAUUAAGUGUUAGUAACAAUGUUCUUAAAACUAUGUUAGUUACUUAUUUAAGUGGAUAUGGGUCCAGUGUUUAAAAAAGGGCCCAUCUACCCUGCCAGCGAUACUAUUUGGAAUAACUUUAAUUAGUUACAACGGUGUCAUAUAUGUAUAUUUUUUGGUUAAGUAUUUCUGAAUUCAAUUGUAUCAUAUUUAUACAUAUACUUAUAUAAAUAGUCGCAGGAUAUAUGUAUUGAAAUUUCUCUAUUGCAACAGUUUGUAUCGAAAUACCUAUUUUUGGCUCAAUGUCCACUGAAAUAGUGUAUUGUAGGUUCUAUGAUUGUGUCGGAUUAUUUGCCACUCAUUUGCUUCCUGUGAUACGUGCCAGGAGAGCGGUAUUUGUUAUAGAUCAGACCAGGAACAAACACAGUGUAAAAAAGAAUAUUUUCACAGAAAAGCGCGUAAAAACUUUGUACCAAGAUGAACUAUCACAAUGUUGCGGUUCAUUUUAUCACUGCCAAACCGACGAAAUAAGUAGGUAACUAUCAUAUAAUAAUAAAAUAUAAUGAUAAAAAUAUCUUGAGCCUAUUUUUACAAUGGACUGUAAAUUGGGUUUCAAUCUAGACCCAUUACAUAUAGUUACAUGGUAUAUGUUACCAUACCAUAGUACAUGGUCUGAUCUUUGUAAGGUAAUCAAAAUAGUUAAAACGUUACGAAAUAAAGCGAAAUAGUAUAUCUAGAUAGAUCCACUUCUUAGUCUAGACUACUAAGUCCUACGUCCUACUUAGAUCUUUAACAUGACGAGGUCCGUCAUGUUAUCAUGUAUCUUGCUAGCUCACUGUCUUUACUAGAAAAACUAGUCAGGUGAAUCUCAAAUACUUAUUUAAAUGAAAAAGUUGUUGUUUACCUACAUUCCAUUUCCUGGGUUACCGCAAGCUCUAGCGAUGGCGUAUCUUAAAUAUAAAGGACAAUAUGCCUAUGUAUUAUAAUUGAAUACAUUUGUAU